GGCGGGGCCGGGUCUCGGAGGGAGCCGCGCCGCGCCGCGGGGCGUGCGAGGCCGGGCAGAAAGAGGGGGAGCGAACGCCGCUGCCGGGCGAGAGGCAGGGAGCCGCUCUGCCGCCGCGCGGAGCCAGCAGAUGAGCCUCAGUGUACUUGGAAACUUCUGCUGAGCUGAAAGUUGAAACCCUACCCUGCCAUUCUGUGAGCUCAAGCAGAACGAAAGCCAAGGGAGAGUUUCAAGUGUGGUAGCAAAAGAGGAGCCAUCGCUGACGGCAACGGCAGCAAUCAAUAACAGCUUCUUUUGCUGAAGAUGUCUAAUAAUGGUGUGGAAGCCGAAGACAAGCCUCCAGCCCCUCCAAUGAGAAAUACCAGCACUAUGAUUGGAUCUGGAAGCAAAGACACUGGGACUUUAAAUCAUGGCUCAAAACCUUUGCCUCCCAACCCUGAAGAAAAGAAAAAGAGAGACCGAUUUUACCGAUCUAUAUUGCCAGGAGAUAAAACCAAUAAAAAGAAGGAGAAAGAACGGCCAGAAAUUUCCCUCCCUUCAGAUUUUGAACACACGAUUCAUGUUGGAUUUGAUGCUGUCACAGGAGAAUUCACGGGUAUGCCAGAGCAGUGGGCUCGGUUAUUGCAGACCUCCAACAUCACCAAAUCGGAGCAGAAGAAAAACCCCCAGGCAGUGCUCGAUGUGCUAGAAUUCUACAAUUCCAAAAAGACCUCCAACAGUCAGAAGUACAUGAGUUUCACAGAUAAAUCUGCAGAGGAGUACAGUUCAUCAAAUACACUGAAUGUGAAGGCUGUAUCAGAGACCCCUGCAGUACCGCCAGUUUCAGAAGAUGAAGAUGACGAGGAUGAUGCUGCUCCACCCCCAGUGAUAGCUCCACGACCUGAACACACAAAAUCAGUGUACACCCGUUCUGUGAUAGAGCCCCUUCCACCGCCUCCUACCAGAGAUGUGGCCACCUCGCCUAUCUCUUCACCCUCUGAAAACAACACAGCAUCCCCUGACACAAUGACCAGGAAUACAGAGAAACAGAAGAAAAAGCCGAAGAUGUCAGAUGAAGAAAUCUUGGAAAAAUUAAGAAGUAUCGUGAGCGUGGGGGACCCCAAAAAGAAAUACACACGGUUUGAGAAGAUCGGGCAAGGCGCUUCAGGCACAGUAUAUACUGCAAUGGAUGUAGCUACAGGACAGGAGGUUGCAAUCAAACAGAUGAAUUUGCAACAGCAGCCCAAGAAAGAACUUAUAAUUAAUGAAAUCCUUGUAAUGAGGGAAAACAAAAACCCCAACAUUGUCAACUACUUGGACAGUUACCUUGUAGGAGACGAACUGUGGGUAGUUAUGGAGUAUUUGGCAGGCGGCUCCCUGACGGAUGUUGUAACAGAGACCUGCAUGGAUGAAGGACAAAUAGCAGCUGUGUGUCGAGAGUGUCUUCAGGCUCUGGAAUUCCUGCAUUCAAGCCAAGUCAUUCACAGAGACAUCAAGAGCGACAACAUUCUACUAGGAAUGGAUGGCUCCGUCAAACUAACUGACUUUGGUUUCUGUGCCCAGAUAACACCAGAGCAGAGCAAACGCAGCACCAUGGUGGGGACACCUUACUGGAUGGCUCCUGAAGUGGUGACGCGGAAAGCUUAUGGGCCGAAAGUGGACAUCUGGUCUCUGGGAAUCAUGGCUAUUGAAAUGAUUGAGGGAGAGCCUCCUUACCUCAAUGAGAACCCCCUGAGAGCCCUGUAUCUCAUUGCUACCAAUGGUACUCCAGAGCUGCAGAACCCUGAGAAGCUUUCGCCCAUAUUUAGAGACUUCCUAAACCGCUGUCUCGAGAUGGAUGUAGAGAAAAGAGGCUCUGCCAAAGAACUGCUACAGCACCAGUUCCUGAAAAUUGCGAAGCCCCUUUCUAGUCUCACUCCUCUGAUUAUUGCUGCAAAAGAAGCAGCAAAGAACAACCACUAACACGGAAUCAUCAUAGUCAUUGUGCCAAGUAUUUUCAAUGUUCAUUUCAGAGACUGAAUACCUGCCUUUCUGCUCCUUGGGGGUGCCCAAAACUUUGAUCCCCUGAGAGUGGGCCACAGAAGUAGUAUUUGUUGAAUGUUAAAGGAGGCAUUGCUGAUCUAAAGUCGUGAACAGCCUUCUCACCCGCUUGGUGGGAGAAGAUUAUUUUGUAUGGUUGACAAGGUCUUUUUGAGAACCUCUGAGCCUGAUGUAGCAAAGCCAGUUUGAGUUCAUAUCUCUUAAUGUUUAUUUUUUAACAUAAGUGUGGAGCCUUAGACCAUGUUUAUCUUAAUAAAUUACAUCUCUCGCUGGCCGCUUUUCCCUGCCUCUGCCCAGCUCAGUUAUCACACUACUGAAACUCCUGCAUGCUUCAGAUUACUUGAAUAAUGGAGCAGCCAGCAGAAAUCUGAACAGCUUUAAUAAUUGAAAAGGGGGAUGCAGGAGUAUACGGCACCAAACACUUCCUCAGUGCUGCCGGACGCCUUGACAGAGAGAGCUGAAAUAUUCUGAAUGAACUUUCUGCAACCAUCGGAGGAUUUAAUUCAUGGAUCGCCUUUGUGCUUCGUCUUGUGAAUCAGCCUCUGAUUAAAAGAUCCUCUUUCUGUUUUCAUCUCAGAUGUGUAGGCUUCAGUUUUCAAUUCUGCUAAUUAUUAGGUCACUUCCAAAAAUAACAUUUCUGGUGCGUUAGAAGGUAAAUCAUAGAAGAAGGUGACAGGCCUGUUUUUAAAACUAUUUCAUUUGUAAAGCACAGCUUGUGUUAAAGAAAUCAGUGCUCUGUAUCAUAAAACACUGAUACAGUGGUCACCAUUACAGUAUCACCAUUUGCCCACAUUGGUAUUUGAGAAGGUAUUAUUUCCUAUGCCAAGUUCCAGGAAAAAUGGUCUUGUCUCAGAUGCUUGUGUGUGUGUGUGUGUGUGUGUGUAUGAAAGCUAAAUAAUCUGUUUUCUUUAUCCUGUGACUUAUCUGGAGGACCAAGAGGGUUAAUAAUUCCUCUGGUUGCCACAGUUUUUAAAGUAUCGGGAAACUUGGAACUGCAUCUGAGUGGAGAACUCUGUGGCCUAAACACUGGGCUAUAACCAGCUGUAUGUUGAUUUUAUUAAAACUGCUGCAUUUCUGAUCUCAGGGUGCGAGAGGGAGGAUUUAGAGAAUUAACUUCAUAGUCAUAAACACAAUCCUCUCAAACUGGACUACUGUUCAUGCUAUUCUUUGUUUGCCACUGGGUGUCCAGAGGUGAUGGCUAAAGUGGUACGUGCAAACUAGAUUAUUUUACACUGAGUUCCCUAGACCUGCUUAUAUCCAAUUGCGAACAUGAUAUGGAGUCUAAGCUGCUGUAAUUUCCAUACUGAGGAACCAGAAGAUGGUGUAAAAAGGUAUGCAUUAAAGUCAGGUGGGAGCUGCUUUCUUAGACUCUGCUGUUGCUUUUCUUGCCAGGGCCCCCGCUUCUGUCCCCUUAUGGUGUAAAUUAAACCAAUGUAUGAGGGCUUAAAUGAUGGAGGAACCACUAGGCUUCCAGCAAAUGGUAAUAGUGCAUAGUAGCUCAGUCCAACUCCUAGGCGAAACCUGUAAUAGACCCUCUCUGCUUGGAUACUGAUGGAUUUUUCUUCAUCUUCCCCACUCUGAUCUCUGCCUCUUCCCUUGUUGCAUAACAAGUUACUGCGUUUAGCCACAAUAUCUGCCAGAUGUACAGUAUUUGGGAGAUGGACAGAAUAGGCUAACAGGUCUUUCCCAUCUGUUUUACUUCUAAUUUUCCAAGUGAACUUUAAUUUCUGAUGCCUCAUCUUUUUAAAAAUUGGUUUGUAUAGUUCAGUCACCAUCAGCUACAUACACAUAUCUCCUGGUGCAGAGCACUUUUGCUUUCCAAUAUCUUAUGUAAAUUCACUGUCAUAUGAAAAUGCAAGCAGUUCCUUUGGUGGUAUGGGUGUAUCUACACUAGAGGCUUUUGCCAGCACAAAUUACACCUUGCACGCCCUUGUCUGACAUAGCUAUGCCUGCAAAAGUCUGUAGUUAAGAUCUCACCUAAAAUAACCUGGAUUAAGCUGCUUUCAGGGCCUCGUAGCUUGACACAAGUUAAAACAAGUUCAACUAAAAGGAUGGUCCGAGACACUAUUUUCCCCACCCCACCAGCUCAGUGUUCACAGCAUGUUCACAGCUCGCAAUAAGAUCGUAAUUUUAAACUCCAGUCAUUAAAAAUCCCAUUUGUUCACCUUUCUGUGACUAAGGAUUUCCCUGGACAUCUGUUUCUGACUAGCCUUGGAUUUCUGGGUGAACCCCUAGGACGAAAUGGGGUGACAAUACUAGAACACACCAGCCCUAGGGGAAGUCGGAUUGGAUGAUCAGAUAGACACUCCCUGGGGAAUUUGGACAGAGAUUGAAGAGAAGUACCAUUGCCUUGAGUAAUUGUUGGAUAAACGAGGAGUUUAUUUAUAUUUUCCCUGGUGCUGUCUUAUUGGCCCAUGUAAUGGGAAAUGGACUACAGGCCACAUCCUUAGCUGGUGGAUAUCCAUAUAGCUCCACUGAUUUCAAUGGAAAUACAUUGCUUCAUGCCAGCUGCCCGACAUCUCUAAGACAAAGCCCUUGUAAAUAACAGGGAUUAGAACCUGAUCCAUAAAGGCGCUGUGGGUCCUUGCCUCACAAUGGGAGCCUGGGGGUUGAGGAGUUCUUUAGCACCUCACAUGAUCAGACUAUAUCCAUGCUGGCUGCUACCAUAAUUGAGCAUGGGUGCUGGUAGCAGGACUGCAGCACAACUUACCCCGACCAAGGAUGAUUUCUUAUAAAUAACCAUGUUAAAUCCUGCUUCAGGCUAUCCAUUGCCUAGGCGGGCUACAGUCAGAAGGAACCAUUUAUUCUUUGGCUUCUAUCCCUCAGCUGAUUUCUAAUCCAUGGUGGUGCCUUGCCUAGGAUUCCAUCAGCACUACUUAGUUUUCUUAAUAGCUUUGUGUGAGAGAUUUUGCCAAAGGCUUUUUGAGGCCCGUUGAUAAAUUGUAGCAUUGUGACAUCAGAGCUAUGUCAUCUUCUAACAACUAAGUUCUAACAGUCUGGCUUCAUUGCCCUGAUCUAUUGACAUGAAAGUCAGUGGUGCAGAGUACAAUGGCUGGCUGUCUUAAGUUAACUGCCUCAGGUAAGUCAGGUAAAUUCUUCCGUUUUAGUUCUCAUGUAGUUUAAAACUCUGGUAUCUGCCUUACUUUUAGCACUUGGCUGGACUUAUGUAUCAAUAUGUUGCCUUUCCCAUUCAGGUAUCGCCUCCCAUGUCCUGGGCUCAGUGCUGCUUCAGUUCAUGCAUAUGAUUGGCUAAUGCCAAAGUACAGUAGAACCUCGGCGUUACGAACACAUCGGGAAUGGAGGUUGUUUGUAACUCUGAAAUGUUUGUAACUGAACAAAACGUUAUUGUUCUUUCAAAAGUUUACAACUGAACACUGACUUAAUACAGAUUUGAAGCUUUACUAUGCAGAAGAAAAAUGCUGCUUUUAACCAUCUUAAUUGAAAUGAAAGAAGCACAGAAACCGUUUCCUUACCUUGUCAAAUCUUUUCAAACUUUCCUUUUUUAGUAGUUUAUGUUUAACACAGUACUCUACUGUAUUUGCAUUUUUUUUUGGUCUCUGCUGCUGCCUGAUUGUGUACUUCUGGUUCCAAAUGAGGUGUGUGGUUGACAGAUCUCUUAGUAACUCUGAAGUUCUACUGUACUAGAGUAAUAAAUCUGGUCAGAUUUUAUGGCCAUCACUCUCUGUCUUGGGAGCAAUGCUCUCAGAACUUCAAGAAGUUAAAACUUCUUCAGUUCAUUUUGAGAACAUUUUCAUUCCACACGUGUUUAAAAAUUAAAAAUCCUGGGAAAGCUCUUACCAAUGGAGAUAAAUCUGCAUCGUUUUGAUGAUCGCUUCUUUGGUUUUUACAUACUAUGGUCUUUUCAAGGUAAAUGCUAGUCCUUUAACUGUAUUGUCUUGUCAACGAUCCUCUUGCCUGUUUGUGAGCCAGAUUCCUCAAUUUUGCUGCUUAAUUAGUUCCCCAUUUAAUAUAUAUUUAUAUUUAAAUGGCUCCUUUAUAUUAGCUGCUUGGAACAUAACUUAAUAGGUUCUUUGCUUGCCUACUAUCAGUCCACAUCAAGGUGUCUCGAUCGUGUCAAGUACAUCAAAGAAUAAUAAGGAAUGCUCACCACUGCAAAUCAGCGACUCGCAAAAGCUUAACAAGAAAUUAGGCUGACAUCAAUCUAGGCAAUCAAGGCCCGAUCCAGAGUCCACUGGAAGUGGUGGAAAGACUCCCAUUGACCUCAGUGGAUUUUGAAACAGGCCCUUGAAGAAUAGUGAACCCAAAAGUUUAUACCUCUCCCUAAAACAUAAGAGGCAGAUGGGAACUUUCACAAUAUGCUUAAUUAUUAUUGAUAAAAUGUCUUAUUCACUUAACUCCUCAAUGUUUAUAGAAAUGAUUUAUUUUACUGAGUUUCUAGGAUUUUGUACCCAAGAGGGAGAGAGAGAGAGAGGUGUGUGUGUGUGUGUGUGUAAAUCCUUUGUGUGCCUUUAAAAGGGAAGGCUUGUAGCUGAGGAGGAGAAUGGGAAUGAGUAAAUAGCCGCCCAUUGUUAUGGCUUUGAUAGCACAGCUUCAGUCUUGGAAUGUCUUAAUUAAAGGGACAUAUCUGUAUCGUUUCAGAACAUAAAUCUGCUCCAUUAUUUGUUACUGCUUGAAACAAGUUAUUUAUGUCCCUGGCAGGCUGGAAUAUCCCUUUAAACAAAGGUGGUGGGAGUUCUUCUUGAGAAGACCCAGGUUUCCAUAGAGACACUUCUGCUCUUUUAGUUGCCUUUUUAACAGAUCUUGGUGUGAUCAAGGCCAAGUUUAAGUAAAGACAUGGAGAAAACCCUUUACAUCCACACAAAGGCCAAGAUUUUACAAAGGGAUGAGUGAUUUGUGUUGCCUUAGUUUGGUAGGUGUCGCAACUUUAGACGCUGGUUUUCAAAAAGCUUUGAAAAAGUUGUGCAACCCAACAUUGAGGCAAUCGAAAUCACUAGUCGCUUUUGUAAAUCUUGGUCAAGAACACAAUAGCUGUGAUGAUACUCAUAUCCCGCAAAAUACUGCAGCAGUGCAUAGAAAUAGGCAAUAUUUACAACAAGGUAUUUAUGAUGUUUGAGAACAGUCUGAUUUUAUGACCUGUGAGUUAGCUAGAUUCAAGUUUUAAAGAAUGUUUUGCCUGUCACUUGUUGACAUAAAGCAGGUCCAGACAAAAAUCCCAGAAAAAUGCUCCACUUUGAAUUUAUUGUAUGAAAUAAAAUGUUUCACAGCAAAGUAUGUGAGCUAACAUAACCCACUGACAAUGUGUAAGAGCAUAUUUGAUCAUGUACAUCUCCUAAAAUUUAGUAAAGGUGAAGUCAGGCUUACAAAUGACCUGGCUAACGUUUUUAGGCAUGGUUUUUGAGUCGUUUCAUUUCCACAAAGCCCACAAUUUUAUCUCUGCAUCAGAGGACAUCAGACCGAGCACAUGGAUAAUUGCCUGAUUCAGGACCUGACAGUUGCCAAUGAAAGUAUACAGAAUCAAAUAUGGGAUCUUAGAGAAACAGCUCCCAACCUUGAUACUGAAAAGCAGGAGCUAAUAAAAUAAAAUAAUUGUAUGACAGACCUGGACAGAAACUUGCAAGCCAAGACCGACUGUUUCAGAACAAUGGUGGAAGAUUGCCAAAGAGGUGGAGAAUGUCAGAGAGAUUCUGGGACUAGGGGAAGUAAAGAUUAAACAUUUGGAAUUCCAAAACAGGAACUUGGAAAGAGCCAGUGACCAGGUGACUGAUGAAAUAAAGGGAAUGUGCCUCCAGAUUUCUGCAUUAUCAGGAUUACAAGUCUUUUCAAGGAGAAAGAUCAGGGAUGGGAAACAUAUCUUCUGAAAUCCAGAAGUGCUGAAACAACUGCAUAGCAAGCUGGAGAUUGCAGAGCAGCAGCAUGAAGAGGAAAAAUGCCAGGCAUCCAAGUUAAGGCAUGUGCUGGAAGGAUUUGAGGAAAUCUGGGAGCUUCAGAAAAAUGCCAUAAUCCCGCUGGAAGGACAACUGGAAAAUUCAGUGCAGGAGACUGGAAAAUGAAGACAGAGUCCAGAUUCAUUCGUUGUUGAAUAAAAUUAUGGAAGCAAAGCUGGUGCAGGAUUCACUGGACAAGAGAAACUUUCUCAAUUGCCUUUCAAAAGGUGUCUGGUUUGUAUUCACCUUGGUCCUAUGCUUUGGAUUUAUGCCCACAUCGGUCAUGCUAUAUAUCUUUAUAUUCAACAAAAAUUUUAAGUCCGUCAGUCGUCAGUUGCUGUUUUCUGAUCACAAUCUUGAGUUUGCUGAGAAACCUCCUGUCUCCAGAUGCUCUCUGGAAAUAUGAUGGCCUGUGGCCAUUUUAAAGUCAGCUGUGUAGCCUCUCUUCCAUCUCUUCAUAUCAGCUAAAUGACCCUCCUUCAAUGCCUGGAUUGUUUCUUCUUGAUGUAUCAGCUCAAUCAUUUUUUAAAAAAUGCUUCUUUAAAAUAAAAUCAAAUCCAAAUAGA